AAUCAUUUUCUGCCGUCCGAUUAUCGUGAAAUUAUCUUACGGCCAUCCAACGUUGAUCAUGUUCUUCUGUUGGAUACUCUCUCUCGAAGGACCUCUUUAUGUAUCUCGCUUAUAAUCCUCUUCUCACUGACCAAGGAUUGGUGAGCUUUUCGCUGGAAAAAUCAACUGGCAAAAAGUGUUGCACACUUUCUGCAAGGAGGCUAGACAUAUCAUGGGGUGAUUCACCAACUUACUGGCAAUGGUGGCUUGCUAAGGAUUUUUUGCCUAGAUCGAGGUUUGCUGAAGUAGCAAGGCUUCUAUAUGUUUGGUGGUUUGAAAUAAAAGGGAAAAUCACAACAUCGAUGCUGUCUCCAAACACCAAGUAUGGUGCAUACCUUGUGUUCCAUGUUACAAGUAGCGCAUGGAAUUUCUAUGAUUAUCCCAUAGAAGCUGUUAUCGAAACUUCAGGAGGCCAAGUGGUGACCGGGAGGGUCUAUUUAGACCCACGUCGUGGAGGUAUAGUCGACGAGGAUUAUGAAUUAGUUCCAUUAAGUGGUGCUGAGGAGCCAGAAGAGGGUUUAUUAAGCUUCUGAAGCAGAUUAGAUGAGUGGAUUGAGGUCGAAAUUGGGGAGUUUUUUACUAAGGAUGAAGAUGAACAAGUGACGUUUUCGCUAAUGGAGAUUUUAACUGGGGCUACUAAAGGUGGUUUAGUUAUUGAAGGAAUUGAGAUUAGGCCAGUAAACGAGUAGUCGUUUAUGGAAGGAAUUUAUGUUUGUGAAGAUGAUGAAUUUGGAAUCGAAAAUAAUGUACCAAUGAAAAAUGAUACAUUGGUUUGAAUAAUUUUGAUAAACAAUU